UUUAAAUCAGAAGGAUUUAAUGAGGGUGCUCUGUGCCUUCCCUGAAGCCAUGUCCUCCAGCAACUCCCGCCCCUCAGCGUGCCUAGCCCGGGGGGCUCUCUUCUUGUCUCUGUUGCUCCAACUCUCCCUUUCCUCCCAAGCUGGAGACAGGCGACCCUUGCCUGUAGACAGAGCUGCAGGUUUGAAGGAAAAGACCCUGAUUCUACUUGAUGUGAGCACCAAGAACCCAGUCAGGACAGUCAAUGAGAACUUCCUCUCUCUGCAGCUGGAUCCCUCCAUCAUUCAUGAUGGCUGGCUCGAUUUCUUAAGCUCCAAGCGUCUGGUGACCUUGGCCCGGGGACUUUCGCCCGCCUUUCUUCGCUUCGGGGGCAAAAGGACCGACUUUCUGCAGUUCCAGAACCUGAGGAACCCGGGGAAAAGCCGCGGGGGUCCGGGCCCGGAUUACUAUCUCAAAAACUAUGAGGAUGACAUUGUUCGAAGUGAUGUUGCCUUGGAUAAACAGAAAGGCUGCAAGAUUGCCCAGCACCCUGAUAUAAUGUUGGAGCUUCAAAGAGAGAAGGCAGCUCAGAUGCAUCUGGUUCUUCUAAAGGAGCAAUUCUCCAACACUUACAGUAACCUCAUAUUAACAGCCAGGUCUCUAGAUAAACUUUAUAACUUUGCUGAUUGCUCUGGACUUCACCUGAUAUUUGCUCUAAAUGCACUGCGUCGUAAUCCCAAUAACUCCUGGAACAGUUCUAGUGCUCUGAGUCUGUUGAAGUACAGUGCCAGCAAAAAGUACAACAUUUCUUGGGAACUUGGUAAUGAGCCAAAUAACUAUCGGACCAUGCAUGGCCGGGCAGUAAAUGGCAGCCAGUUGGGAAAGGAUUACAUCCAGCUGAAAAGCUUAUUGCAACCCAUCCGGAUUUAUUCCAGAGCCAGCUUAUAUGGCCCUAAUAUUGGGCGGCCCAGGAAGAACGUCAUUGCUCUCCUAGAUGGAUUCAUGAAGGUGGCAGGAAGCACAGUGGAUGCGGUUACCUGGCAACAUUGCUACAUUGAUGGCCGAGUGGUCAAAGUGAUGGACUUCCUGAAAACUCGUCUGUUAGACACCCUCUCUGACCAGAUUAGAAAAAUUCAGAAAGUGGUUAAUACAUACACUCCAGGAAAGAAGAUUUGGCUUGAAGGUGUAGUGACCACCUCAGCUGGAGGCACAAAUAAUCUAUCAGAUUCCUACGCUGCAGGAUUCUUAUGGCUGAAUACUUUAGGAAUGCUGGCCAAUCAGGGCAUUGAUGUUGUGAUACGGCACUCAUUUUUUGACCAUGGAUACAAUCAUCUGGUGGACCAGAACUUUAACCCAUUACCAGACUACUGGCUCUCACUACUUUACAAGCGCCUGAUUGGCCCCAAAGUCUUGGCAGUGCAUGUGGCUGGGCUCCAGAGGAAGCCACGGCCUGGCCGAGUGAUCCGGGACAAACUAAGGAUUUAUGCUCACUGCACAAACCACCACAAUCACAACUAUGUUCGAGGCUCCAUUACACUUUUCAUCAUCAACUUGCAUCGAUCAAGAAAGAAAAUCAAACUGGCUGGGACUCUCAGGGACAAGCUCGUGCACCAGUAUCUGCUGCAGCCUUAUGGGCAGGAGGGCCUGAAGUCCAAGUCAGUGCAGCUGAAUGGCCAGCCCUUAGUGAUGGUGGACGACGGCACCCUUCCAGAAUUGAAGCCCCGCCCACUGCGGGCCGGCAGGACAUUGGUCAUCCCUCCAGUCACCAUGGGCUUUUAUGUGGUCAAGAAUGUCAAUGCUUUUGCCUGCCGCUACCGAUAAGCCACCCUCCACUCACAAGCUACCAGUGGGCCUGCUGGACAGCUUUCUACUCUUCCACCCUAAUAGUAUCCUUAUUUUUCAGACAUCUUAGCAGCCAACCUCUGUUACCCCAUCCUGCUGAAAUCAACAUAGAAUUACUGUCCAGAAAGACUAACUGUCAUAGUAUGAGCUUAGCCUAGGUAGGUCACAUCCAUCCUUAAGGAAAAUGUAGACGUCAUCUGUACCUAUAUAAGGAUAAAUGUAUGUGUCUAGAGCUGUAUGUUUCAUUUACAUGCACCAUGAAAAAAGGCUGACAGCACACUCCCAGAACAAACAUUUUCAAGCAACUCCCCAUGACCCUGGUUCCACAGUGCUGAUUACAAACCCUAAAACUUUAGCCUGUUGCUGCUACUCUCAGCAGAAGAUGAGGAAGGAAAAGUCUGGGAGGACCUGCAAGAACCCAACCCCUUUCUAACUCCUCCUUUGUCUGUUUCCUGCUGCUGUCCAGAGUUUCCUGACACCUCUCUUCCCACAGGGGAGCAAAUGGGUGAGUCAGCUCUGGCCUGCUGGGUGAGCUGUUUAUGUAAUUUCCUGGUUGAUGUAUGUGUGUGUGCAUCUGGGUUUCUGACAGUAGCAUCCAUCACUGGCUAUUCCCCUGGGAAGCCAGUGCUUCAAAAGUACAAUUACAAUCAUACUCUAGUUUUGGUAAGAAGAUUCUAUUCCUCUGUGAAUCCAGAUUCCCCCAGGCUUGGAAUGGGAGUCAGGUAACAAUAUUCACUGUGUAGAGAGCAAUGUACUGGACACCAUAAAAAGCAAUCACCAUCCUUCAUGUUGCCAGGAGGAAAAGAGAGUUGUAGUACAAAGAAAAAGUAUAUGGAAGCUCCAAAUACAGAGAGAGAAAAAGGAGGGAGAGAGAGCGAGAGGAGAGAGAGACACAGAGGGGAGAGUGUAAACUAAAUAAAGCAAAUUUAACCUGCCCCCAAAAUCAGAGAAUAUUAAGGGCUGGAGAAGGUAAACCCUUAUGUUUGGCUGACCAAAACCCAUUUAGAAGAACAAAGUGUAACUCAAAAGUCAUUCCUGUAAAAUACAACUGAAUCUAACCUUUCUGCCUCUGUGAAGCUGUGCUCCUUGGUGGCAUUUACUAGACAAAACUCCAGUCUGGUCAUUAAAGAUGACCAGGUACAUCCUCUCCCAAUUCUACUCAUUUCAGCAUAGAACAAGCUUUUCGGUAGACACAAUGAAGAAGAACGGGGAAUCUGGAGACAGGGGUCUGAUGGCAGAGCUGGAAGAGCAUGUGAGAAGCUUCUGAGUUGAGCAGGGGGAAAGUGGGAUUUAGAGUUCAUGAUGAGAACCUUUAUGAUUCCAGAGGUACUUAGGUCCUUGCAAACAAGCUGCAACUGCAAUAGCUUUCUUGUCCGUGGGUAUGACUGUCCUCAGAAUAAAUGAUAUGAAUGAUGCUUUUUUAAAGGAGGAAAUACUUGAUACAACUGAAGGUUCCAGUUAACACGUGGUUCAACCUCUGCUGCUGUGAAAUGACAGAAAUGGGGUGCGGAUUGAGUUGCUAAGGGCUGCACCAGGGAGACUGCCUAAAAUGCCUGAGGAAUAAAGAUCCAGGCCAGGUCUGCCAGGUAAGAAAUAGGAGGAAGAUCAGACCAACAAGGCAGUGUAAGAUUCUCAGCAUGGAGAACUGGGAAUUCAGGAGAGAGAAGCCAACCAGAUAAUUUUAUCUUUAAGGUAGUGGACUCACUUUUUGACAUUUUUAUUAUUAGGUACAAAAGGAAGAGCACACAGGAAGUACACUAGAGUGAGCAAAAGACAGAUUGAGAUUAGACUGGACCUGGUCAGUGGUUGUGCUCAGCUUGGAAGCAUCUGGAAAGAAAGGAGCAGACCCUGAGACUGCCCCUGACCCUGCGAGGCUCCCCAGGGGAGCCUCCUUCUCAGGAAGCAGGCACCUGUGUCAAAGUUUCCAUUCUGAGAGGGUGAGAGAAAGAAGUGCCGAAACCGGGGUAGAAAGGAGGGAAGAAGGAAUGGAUGAUCAGGCCACAAUAAGGAAAAGAGAAAUGAACAUAAAAGAUUAUUUUCCCACACUGCAGAUACCAAAAUCUGUUCUGUUUUCCAGUGCAGGCUCCUUAACAUCCAGGUCCUAGACUAGUUUGCUUUGCAGACACAGAAGCCCAUGCUGGAAUUACCAUCGUCAUCCUCAUUUUUCCCAUGAAGCCUGGAUAGGAACUUUAGUUGGCCCACAGUCAUCCAAGGGAGUGGGUGGCAGAUUGGGGAAUAAUCUGGAACCUGAGGCAUGCUUAGUCACCAAACGCAGUAGCCACCCAAGUCUCAGACUCACCCCCUCCACCUCCUGAUAGAUUCUGUUCUUUCAGUACUUCCAGGACAUCCAGAACUCCACCCAAACACACUUUCUGUAAAUAAGUAUUGACUUUUUACUCAGCCUUGCAGAAUAUAGGUAAUUCCUGCCUCUUUUGUCUUGUUUUGUAUAUUAACUCAUGCACUCAAGAGAUUUAAGUUUUGCUUAUUUUUUAGUUAAUAAAGGGGGAAGAAGAAGAACUGAAAUUUAUCUUUGGAGUCUUGCCAUUCAAACUUAACAACUCUCUCAUGGAAGAAGUAUUUGCAUUGUUCAAAGGAUACCAAAAAACUCAAUAUGACAUCACAUUCCAUAGAGAUUUUAGAACAGGGCAUCUGUUCUGUCAUCCUUCAUGGGAGGAAAGAAGGAUAGAAUCAGAGGAGUAGUUACUAAACCAGUGGGGGUUGUUCUUUACAGGGAUUCCCCUGUCACACUCACCCCAAAGACAGCCCGUGACAGACACAGCCUCACAGCAUGUAUGAAGGGAGCAGCGUGCUGGGACAGCCUGAGAGAAAAGAGUAAAGAGCUCCUUCACUAGAGCUCCUUCGCUAGAGCAUCUCCAGGUCAGAGCUUUCUUUCCUCAAGCAAGACAUGGCAGGCCAAGACCAUAUGAGACUUAAGAGUAGAGCUUACGGAAAUGCCUUUUGAAAGAAUAAUAAUACUGUGCCUUUUGUUGAGAUGGUUUUCUGUUACUCUGCCCUAAGAAAUAAUUUUCUUGCUCAUUUCUUGUCACAAAGGCUCAGAAUAAAUUUCUCAUUUU